UCUCCUUUUCGCCUUGGCGGCCGUGUCAACGCCGAACCCUCCAAGUGCCUGGAUAUCGAGCUUCAGCGCCGCGGGUUCGAACCCAACCAGCCGGGACUCUGGCUUCCCCAGGGCGCUGGAGGUGGUGGUGGUGGAUGGAAGGAUUUGGAAAUCUUAUGAGCGCAGCAUUUGCAAGCCAAUGUUUCUAACUGAGCUGCGGACGAGAGCGCGUCCCGUUGCUACUCCUGCUGCAUCGCGGGUCCCUUUCCAGAGGAUGGGAAGACGCGUCUUCUCUAAGCACUAUGGAUGAUUCUUUUUUCCUCUCCUGAAUCCUUCACAGGGUGCUGCAUGUGUGUGUUUGUGUGUGGUUUUUAUUUUUAAUUCCCCAUCUCCUUUUUUUCCCUCCCUUUAGCCCUCCUCCAUCUCUCCAUCCUCCUUUGGGAGAGGGGGGAAGCCUUCCUGAGAUCCAUGUAUUAAGCAGAGUAAUGAUAAUAUAAUAAUAAUAAAAGAACAGUUUCUAGAUGGCCCGCUUUUGUGAAUUUUAUUGUAAACAAUUUUUUUCUAAAAACAAAAAAGGGAGGUAGUGAAGACCCCUGACUUCUAAGUGUAUUUAUUUUUUAACUGUCUAAUGAAGAUAACUUUAUUGACUUUUAUUGUUUGAUUUGUUCAUGAGUAGAAUAGAGAUUUAUUUUUUUAAAAAAGAGCUUUUUCUGUGAAAAAGCCUCUCCCACCCACCAUCACCAACACCUCCUCCCCCAACCCCUCCAUACACACUUUUAGCUAUUUAAAACUCUUAAUUUAUUAGUCUCCUCCUCGUGGCAACCCCCAGUCUCUUUAAGUCUCCUUGGCCAUGAAAAUGAUCUUGGUCCGCAAAUUCCGGGUGCUCAUCCUCAUGGUGUUUCUGAUUGCCUGCACCAUGCAUAUCGUGAUCGAUUUGUUACCAAAGUUGGAGAAGCGCGCGGCGAGGAGCGACGGGGACCCCGGCUGCUCCUGCUCUCACCCCCCGAGCGAGGAGGCGCAAGGCUGGGGAAAGCAGAGGACUAAGAGCGGGGCUGAUUCGGGCUGGCCUAACAAACACACCCUGCGGAUCCUGCAGGACUUCAGCAGCGACCCAAGCUCCAACCUCACCUCCCACUCGCUGGAGAAGCUCCCCGGGACUGGAACCGGGACUGGGGCCGGGGCCGGGACAGCUGCAGCUGCAGACAGGUCCGAGGCAGCGGCGGCGGCGGCAGCAUUUAAGAGGCUGGAGCCCGGCGGUGGCGGAGGCGGCGUGCAGCGAGAUCUCCCCCACAAACACCUCAUUCAAGAUGGGAGUAGGGCAAGCAAAGUGCCGCCGGGGAAGGACGGCUCUAAACUGGUCGCUCUGUUCCAACACCCCCUCUACAAUAUCGCCAUCCCGCCUCUCACAGAGGACGAUGUCUUGUUCAACGUGGAGAGCGAUAUCCGAUUUAACCCCAAAGCGGCUGAAAAUCCGGAAUGGCAAAAUGAAGGUAAUGAGGAUGAAGAAUUUUUACCCACGGGGGAAACAUCUGUCGACACCUAUCCCAACUGGCUAAAAUUUCACAUUGGCAUUAAUCGAUAUGAGUUAUAUUCCAAACAAAACCCUGCCAUUGGAGCUUUGCUGCAAGAUCUGGUCUCCCAAAAGAUCACCAGCGUUGCGAUGAAGUCUGGGGGAACUCAACUAAAACUCAUCAUGACAUUCCAGAAUUAUGGGCAAGCACUGUUCAAACCCAUGAACUCUGCCCCACCCUGCCCCACGGCUGGUGCCCAUCCUGCAUCUAAACCUCCUGUCAGAAGGAAAAGCACAGGCUAA